AUGCCAGCUACAUUAUCAAAUAAACCAGCAGUUAUGAAAAGAAAACCCAUGAAAGAAAUUUUGAACCUAGCAGAACCGUCAACAUCAACAGAUCAUUACUCUGAAUGCUCGGUACAUCAAUUACAUACAAAAAUGGAAGGAAAUACAUCUCACAAAGAAAAUCUUGAUCCGGUUACUGCGAUGCAAGCACCUGUGAUAUCAACAAAUCCUGUAGUUAUAAAGAAAAGGGCUGAAAUGGUUUUAGGAGGAACAUUAGCAGUCAAGAAAAAGACCAAAAGGGUAUUUCAGACCAAGGUUGAAAAAGAGCUGCUUAAGCAAAUUAUAGCAUCUAAAAUAAAAAUCAAUGCAGGUCAUUACUCUGAACGUUCGGUACAUCGAUUAUACACAAAAAUGGAAGGAAAUACUUCUCACAAAGAAAAUCUUGAUCCAGUUACUCCAAUGCAAGAUCCUGUGAUAUCAACUAAUCCUGUAGUUAUAAAGAAAAGGGCUGAAAUGUUUUUAGGAGGAGCAUUGGGAGACAAGAAAAAGACAAAGGGUAUCCUUCGAGAAGAGUACGAAGAUGCUGAUCUGCUGCUUUUAUGGAUAAUAUUUUCGACUCGGUUAAUGGCAGUUCUCUUACGCCGUCACGACUUAUUACACUACAGGGCAUACAGCGCAUAA